UCAGAUCUAAGGAAACGAAACUGAAAUCAAUUCUGCAGGCUUCCUCCUCCCCCACCUUCCAGUUUCGGCACACCCAUUACUGAGAAACACUGCCCUUUCUGAGCCGAUUAGAGUUCAGAUUGAAGUGGAAGCAGAGGAGAAACUUUCAUAAAAACUGGAGUGAAAAAAGUAUUUUUCUCUAACACAGUAGGAAGAAGAAAACACAGACGUUUGAAUGUUUCCUACACCGAAAUACAUGGUUUUUCCCUCGUUUAUGUGGAAGAACUUUGCAAGAAAAAUCUGGUAUUAUUUCCUUCAUGCUAUUUUUAAGAAACUUGGUAUCAGUGGGAAGGUCUUCUCUUGAAGAAGGUGGAGUAGAAGGACUCUAAGCUCAUCUCGUCUCAAGAGCACACCCAAAUCACAACAAUCCGCAGAAAAACCAUCAUUGAAAAAGACCGAAACCUACCAGCAAAGAUCCUCUACGACUAAAGACAUAAAGAACCACAACAAGACUGGUAGGAGGGGAGAACUAGUGAUAUAAUCAAACCCCAUUCCCCCCAGCUUUAUGUCUGGACAGGAAGAUAGAUCCUAACCUUGAUUUUGUAUGUACCACUGGUAUCAGAAUGGCAGCACAACUUAACUUACCAGAUAAUACAGAUGAAUGGACAAAAGAGGAUGUAAAUCGGUGGUUAGAAAGUCAUAAAAUUGACCAAAAACACAGGGAAAUUUUGACUGCACAAGAUGUGAAUGGCGCAAACUUGAAGUACUUAACUAAAGAUCACCUUGUUGCUAUGGGCAUAACAUUUGGACCAGCUAUCCAAAUAGAACAUCUCUUCAAAGAGUUGCUGGAAACAUCCUCUGGAGAUCCUUUGCAGACAAGUAAGAGGGGGAAAGGCAGUAAAAAUGUUCCUAAAAAACAGGAGAAAAAUGGAGAAACUUCAAAGCAAAAACAAAAGGAGAAAGAGAAAUCAGACAUGGUUAAUGACUCUACAAUGAGUACAGUUACUAAAGGUUCUAAGUCACUAAAAAAUGAGUUCAUGAACGAUGAAAUAGAUGACACAAAGGAAGAGCAGCCAUCCAUAGAACCAACAUGUAUAUCAUACCCUUUUGAUGAAUUCAGUGAUCCAUAUCGUUACAAAUUAAAUUUUAAUCUACAGCCUGAAACAGGACCACUCAAUCUCAUUGAUCCAAUACAUGAAUUCAAAGGCUUCACGAAUACAGAAACAGCCACAGAAGAGGAUGUUAAGAUGAAAUUUAGCAAUGAGGUUUUCCGGUUUGCUUCAGCUUGUAUGAAUUCACGUACCAAUGGCACCAUUCAUUUUGGAGUCAAGGACAAACCCCAUGGAAAAAUUAUUGGCGUGGAAGUCACCACUGUCACCAAGGAAGCCCUCAUUGACCACUUCAAUCUGAUGAUCCACCAAUAUUUUGAAGACCAUCAGGUCCAAAAAGCAAAGAAUUGCAUUCGAGAGCCAAGAUUUGUAGAAGUUUUAAUGCCAAAUAGUACUCCGUCUGACAGAUUUGUUAUUGAAGUGGAUGUUGUUCCAAAACAUUCUGAAUGUGAACAUGAUUAUUUCCAGAUUAAAAUGCAAAAUUGCAGCAAGAAGACAUGGACACAAAGUCCAAAAUUCUCAGUCUUUGUGCGAGAUGGGGCCAGUUCUAAGGACAUCGUGAAAAAUAAUGCAUAUUUCACAUCAUUUAAAUUAGAUUUAAAAAGACUGGCAGAAUCUCGGAAAGAAGCAGAAGAAAAAUGCAGAGUGAAAACAAAUAAAAAAGAGAGUGAGGGACCAAAGCUUGUUAAACUGUUGACAGGAAAUCAGGAUUUGUUAGAUAAUUCCUACUAUGAAUGGUACAUUCUUGUAAUAAAUAAGUGCCAUCCGACUCAAAUAAAACACUUAGAUUUCCUAAAGGAAAUUAAAUGGUUUGCUGUGUUGGAGUUUGAUCCUGAAUCUGUGAGCAAGGGUGUGGUCAAAGCUUACAAAGAAACCCGAGUAGCAAACCUUCACUUCCCAAGUUUAUAUGUGGAAGGGAAAACCACUAACGAGAAGAUUACUAGUCUGAAUCUUUAUCAACAACUCAGCUGGAUUUUCUGCAAUGGCAGGUUAGACCUUGACAGUGAAAAAUAUAAACCCUUAGAUCCAAGUUCCUGGCAAAGAGAAAAAGCGUCUGAAGUCAGGAAACUGAUUUCAUUUCUUACACGUGAAGACAUAAUGCCAAGAGGGAAGUUUUUGGUGGUAUUUCUAUUACUCUCCUCUGUGGAUGACCCAAGAGACCCACUCAUUGAGACCUUCUGUGCUUUCUACCAAGAUCUCAAAGGAAUGGAAAAUAUAUUGUGUAUUUGCACACAUUCACGCAUAUGUCAGGGAUGGAAAGAUCUACUUGAAGCAAGAUUAACAAAACAGCAAGAUGAAUUAUCAAGCCAAUGUGUUUCUACUUUAAGUCUUGAAGAGAUAAAUGGAACUAUUCUUAAGCUAAAAUCUGUGACUCAAUCUUCAAAGAGAUUUUUACCAUCUAUUGGUUCAUCUACUGUCCUUCUGAAAAAAGAAGAAGAUAUCAUGUCUGCUCUGGAAAUUCUCUGUGAAAAUGAAUGUGAAGGUACACUCUUAGAGAAGGACAAAAAAAAAUUACUUGAAUUCAAAGCAUCAAAAGAGGAAGACUUCUAUCGAGGUGGCAAAGUAUCAUGGUGGAACUUCUACUUUUCUUCUGAAAACUAUUCUUCCCCUUUUGUCAAAAGGGAUAAAUAUGAAGGACUUGAAGAAAUGAUUCAAAACUGGGCAGAUUCUUCUAAGCCAACAUGUGUCAAAAUUAUUCAUCUGUUUCAUCAUCCAGGCUGUGGUGGGACUACCUUGGCCAUGCAUGUUCUCUGGGAACUAAGGAAGAAAUUCAGAUGUGCUGUGCUGAAAAACAAGAGAGUGGAUUUUUCUGAAAUUGGAGAACAAGUGACUAAUUUAAUAACCUAUGGGACAACAAAUAAUCAGGAAUACUUACCUGUACUACUGCUUGUUGAUGAUUUUGAAGAACAAGAUAAUGUCUAUCUUCUGCAGGCCUCUAUUCAAACAGCUGUAGCUAAUAGGUAUAUUCGAUAUGAGAGGCCUCUAGUGAUCAUCCUAAAUUGCUGGAGAUCACAGCAUCCUGAAAAAAGUGCAAAGAUCUCAGACAGUAUUGCCCUAAUACAACAACUAUCUUCCAAAGAACAGAGAGCUUUUGAGCUUAAACUGAAAGAAAUUGAAGAGCAACAUAAAAACUUUAAAGAUUUUUAUUCCUUCAUGAUUAUGAAAACCAACUUUGAUAAAAAGUACAUAGAAAAUGUGGUCAGGAAUAUUCUGAAAGGACAAAAUAUUUCCACCAAGGAAGCAAAGCUCUUUUCUUUUCUGGCUCUUCUUAAUUCAUAUGUGCCUGAUACCACCAUUUCACUAUCACAGUGUGAAAAGUUCUUAGGAAUCACAAACAAGAAAGCUUUCUGGGGAACAGAAAAGCUUGAAGACAAGAUGGGCACCUACUCUACAAUUCUAAUAAAAACAGAGGUGGUAGAAUGUGGGAACUACUGUGGAGUACGCAUUAUUCACCCUCUGAUUGCCAUUCGCUCACUGGAAGAAUUGAAGAUAAGCUAUGACUUACAUAAAAGUCAAAUUAUGCUGGAUAUGCUAACAGAAAAUGUGUUCUAUGAAACUGGUAUAGGAAAAAGCAAAUUUUUAGAAGAUAUGCAAACACUGCUGCUCACAAGACAGCGCAAUGAACAUGAAGGUGAAACAGGAACUUGGUUUUCCCCAUUCAUUGAAGCAUUACAUACAGAUGAAGGGAACGUGGCAGUUAAAAAUGUAUUACUUGCAGGUAUUCAUCGGUUCAACCCAAAUGCAUUCAUUUGCCAAGCCUUGACAAGACAUUUCUACAUUAAAGAGAAGGACUUUAACAGUGCUCUGUGUUGGGCAAAUAAAGCAAAAAAGAUAGAACCUGACAAUUCUUAUAUCUCAGAUACACUGGGUCAAGUGUACAAAAGUAAAAUUAGAUGGUGGAUAGAGGAUAAUGUAAGAAACAGGAACAUUUCAGUUGAUGAUCUAUCUGAUCUUUUGGAUUCAGCAGUGCAUGCCUCAAAUGCAUUCAAAGAAUCUCAACAGCAAAGUGAGGAUAGAGAGUAUGAAGCAAAGGAAAGGUUUUACCAGAAGUCGAAAAGGCGGUAUGAUACUUACAAUAUAGCCGGAUAUCAAGGGGAGAUAGAAGUUGGGCUCUACACAAUCCAGAUUCUCCAGCUCCUUCCUUUUUUUGACAAUAAAAGUGAACUAUCUAAAAGAGAUAUGAUCAAUUUUAUAUCAGGAAGUAAUGAUAUUCCUGGAGAUCCAAGCCAUGAAUUUAAAGUAGUCCUCAAGAACUUUAUUCCUUAUCUAACCAAUUUGAAAUUUUCUUUGAAAAAGUCCUUUGAUUUUUUUGAUGAUUACUUUGUCCUUCUAAAACCCAGGAACAAUAUUAAGCAAAAUGCAGAGGCCAAAACUCGGAGAAAGGUGGCUGGAUAUUUUAAGAAGUAUGCAGAUAUAUUCGGUCCCUCAGAGGAAUUACAGAAUAAAGAUCUUGGACCAAAGCUUAGUUUGCCACUUCAAGUAGAACUGUAUCGGAGAAGCCUAGAAGUUCUAAAAGCAGACAAGUUUUCUGGGCUCUUGGAAUAUCUUAUCAAAACUCAAGAAGAUGCUAUAUGCACCAUGGAAGAUAUAAUGAACAAAUAUACUUUUCUCUUUGAGCAAUGCAGUGUCAGAAUCCUGCCAAGGGAAAAGCAAAAUUUCAUCUUGGCCAACAUCAUUCUCUACUGUAUUAAACCUACCUCCAAAAUAGUGAAGCCAAUUAAAACACUGAAAGAUCAGCUUCGAGAAGUCUUGCAACAAGUAGGAAUGACUUGUCGAUAUUCAGAACCUUAUUUCCUAGCUUCCCUGUUAUUCUGGCCAGGAAACCAACAACUAGAUCAAGAUUCUAAACUAAUGGAAAAGUAUGCUUGGUCGCUGGAAAAUUCUUUCAGGGGGCAAUAUAAGCAUAUGUAUCGUACAAAGCAACCAAUUGCAUAUUUCUUUCUUGGGAAAGGUAACAAUAUGAACAGACUUGUUCACAAAGGAAAAAUCGAUCAAUGUUUUAGAAAGACAGCUGAUAUUAAUUCCUUGUGGCAGAGUGGAGAUGUAUGGAAGGAGGAAAAAGUCCGAGAACUUUUGCUUCGGUUAAAGGGAAGAGCUGAAAAUAAUUGUGUAUACAUAGAAUAUGGAAUCAAUGAAAAAAUCACAAUACCCAUCACACCUGCUUUUUUUGGUCAACUUAGAAGUGGUAGAAGCAUAGAAAAAGUAUCUUUUUACCUGGGGUUUUCCUUUGGAGGCCCACUUGCUUAUGACAUUGAGGCUAUUUAAGAGUUUGAUCUUCUCCCUCCAGGAAUGUGGACACAAAAGCACUUAAUUUUUUUAGACCCAAGAUCUAUACUUUAAAUUGGCAAAUUUAUAGAUACAGCCUCUGACUUUUCAGCCCUGUACAUACAAUAUUUAUAUUUCCUCUUAAGCAUGUUGUGAGUCCCAAAUAGACUGUGGUGGAAAAGGAAGGAAUGAGAGUUGUGGAAACUAUCAAAUAUCUACCCUGGCUUGGACAACACCAUCGAGGGCAAAAUAAGGAGCUAUGGAUGGAAUUAGGAGCGGUGAAUGUAAUCAUUCAGCCACACAGAACCCCACCACUUCCCUCAAUUAACCAACCAAGGCAUGGAUUGAGGAAGACUGCCUACUUUCUUCUUAAAUGUAAAAAUUUUUCAGAAUUGAAAAACAAUAGUUACGGUACCAAGACAUUACAAUAUCUGGGAAACCGUUUCACAAAAACAGGUGAAAACUCUCAACAUCAACAUUUAUUCCUACCAGGCAGACCAGAAAGGUACCAUGUACUUGGCACUGAAGGGUCUUUCAAAGGAGAGGACCAACCAGUUCUCUGAAAGUCAUACCCAUAGAGGUCUGCAGAUCUUACCAAAGUAAGUAGGCUGGAGAAUUAGGCUUCCUUUUCAUGCAGUAGCAGGCAGUUGAGCAAAAAUGAAUUUCGUUUCUACAGCUGAUAAGCUCAUAGACCUCCAAACAAACAAAAAUACACCAAAAUUCCAAAGCUAAUGAAUAAAAAGGACUCUUGUGAAAAGACUAAUGAGUCCCCAAUCCAGGGGAUCCCAGUGUUCUAGCAUGUAUACAUAUAACCUAUGCACAACCAGUGAGAGGUAAUCAAAAUGUAAUUUUUCCUAAUAAAAUUAUUGAUAUGGGAAAUCAUCAGUGGUUGCUAAAACUGAUAAAAAGCUGAUAAAGAGGGGCUUCCCUGGUGGCGCAGUGGUUGAGAGUCUGCCUGCCAAUGCAGGGGACACGGGUUCGAGCCCUGGUCUGGGAAGAUCCCACAUGCCGCGGAGCAACUGGGCCCGUGAGCCACGGCUACUGAGCCUGCGCGUCUGGAGCUUGUGCUCCACAACAAGAGAGGCCGCGACGGUGAGAGGCCCGCGCACCGCGAUGAAGAGUGGCCCCCGCUUGCCGCAACUGGAGAAAGCCCUCGCACAGAAACGAAGACCCAACACAGCCAUAAAUAAAUAAAUAAAAAAUUAAAAAAAAAAAAAAAAAAAAAAGGUUGGGGGUAGAUUUAAAAAAAAAAAAAAAAACCUGAUAAAGAACUAUAACAGAUGACUCAAACUGUCCUGAAUCCUGAUCAAUAUUAACAUUGCUGAGAGAGAACCAGACAUCAUGGGCCUGGAAGUCCUGUAGGAGUGCACACAACACCUGUGAGACAGUCUCACCAAAUAAUUGAAACUGAAUCUGAUCAAGCCUCUGGAUCUUACUUCCAAUUUAAAGGAAAUACAGACAUUGGAUAUGCUUCAAAGUAAUUCUGUGUAUGGGGUAUGGGGAUGGUGAAAGGAGAGUAGAUGGGCAGUAUAGUUGCAACAAGAUUCGACAGGAGUUAACAAUUGCUGCAUUAUGAGGACAUGGGAGUUCAUCAGACUCUUCUCUCUUCUUUGGACUGUGCUUUUGAAGUUUUCUGUUAUAAAAUAUUUAUAAAACAAAACAAACAAGAAA